GGAAGCGUUACAGAACAUUCCGGAGUAACUUCUAUAUUAUGCAGCUAGGUCACAGUUAAAUUAGCAAGGUUGCAAGUCGUAUUUAUAUUUCAAAAGUUAGAAUGACUUGUUAUUAUGCUGCAAGUUCACCUUUGGAAUCAACUUAUGACGAUUUAUUGAUGUAAAAGCAAUGAAUGUACUGCCAAACCAUCUUGUCAAGUCACUGAAGGAAGAUUUCAAGAAAUUGGAUUACAGCAAGUGGGAGAGAUGCAACAGGAGCAAGACAGAGCCCCCUCCCUGGGUGAUUUUGCCCCCACUGCCCAACAAGACUACUGGCUCACCAAGCGAGCGUUAUCACGCCACAGGGAGAGAGGACAGUGGGCCCUCCUCCGCCUCCCAUAACAUUUUUCCAACAACUGACAAGCCAGGGAAGUCUCGCCUCAACACUGGCCAUGAAGAGUCCACUGCAUCAUCUAUGGGUCGACUCUCUCGACGGAGGAGGAACGAAAGAGUGAAACUGGACCCCAUCACUUUGAAGAAACAAGAAAAUAUCAAAACACUGAAUUUGCUGAUCAUGUCGAGGAAGAAGGCCCUAAUGGAGCUGGAGAAGCACUGUGCAUUGCUGCAGGAGAGCAAUGUCCGCAUGGCCGGGGAGAUAGACAGCACAGACAGACAGUCAGUGUCCAGUGCCAGGGAAUUCCUCAUCCGGCAUGAGAAAUUAGGGAGUUCGAUAGCUGCUUUCAACAGCUGGAGCCACAGUCAGAUUGAGCAGGCCAAGACAGAGCUCAAGGACGCUGAGGCUGCUGCAAAGAACAGACUUUGGGGUCUCCAUGAGCAGCUGAGGGGGGUGAAGGCAGAGCUGGUGAACGCCCAAGCGGAGCUCCACACCCUGAAGACCUACAAGGACAAAGAGUACCCCGUCAAGGCCCUGCGCAUUGCCGAGAUAAAGAGAGAGAUCGAGAAACUCAAAGAGACACAGCAGGACGAGAAUGAGGACGUGAACUUGCUGUGCCAGACAGAGAUGGUGUACCUGGAGAGACGAUCCCAACAAAAAGAGCAGGAAGUCCUCUCUGUCAUAGCUAAGCAAAAUGUUUCAUAUAUUCCCUGUGUGGUCAAACUGAUGGCCACACAUAAUCAGACGAUAAAGAAAGAAAUUGGAAUCCACAAAAAGGAAAUUGCGGAGCUGGAAGAUAAGAACAGAGAGCUGAUCCAGAGUGUCCAGGAACUGCAACUAUCACGGACCAACAUCACGAAAGACAUCUUCCAAGACGUUUUCCCCAAAUCAGAUAAAUGCACCCCGGAUAUGGACGUGACCUUAAACAUCCCUCGUGAGGAGUGGCUCCCCAUUUAGAUGUGUGACAGACUAGGAGAGACACGACUUGUGUGUCGCUUGGCUGCAUUUAAACCUGCUGGGCUCUUCUUGACACAACCCUAUAAUUUCUGUUAUACUGAGUGCCCAUCUUCUCCUACUACAGUGUCCAAUCUGCAUUGUAAUACCAGUCAACUGGGGCCAAUAAACAUUUGUGAACCUUUCUAA